AUGGCCUAUGACCGCUACAUUGCCAUCUGCAAACCCCUGCAGUAUGGGACCCUCCUGGGCAGCAGAUCUUGUGUCCACAUGGCAGCAGCUGCCUGUGGCACCGGGUUCUUCAAUUCUCUUCUGCACAGUGCCAAUACAUUUUCACUCCCACUCUACAAGGGCAAUGCUGUGGACCAGUUCUUCUGUGAAAUCCCUCAGAUCCUCAAGCUCUCCUGCUCAGACUCAGACUACCUUAGGGAAGUUAGGCUUGUCCUGGUUAGUGCCUGUAUAGCAGUUGGUUGUUUUGUGUUCAUUGUGGUGUCCUACGUCCAGAUCUUCAGGGCCGUGCUGAGGAUCCCCUCUGAGCAGGGACGGCACAAAGCCUUUUUCACGUGCCUCCCUCACCUGACUGUGGUCUCCUUGUAUGUCAGCACUGGUAUGUUCACCUACCUGAAGCCCCCCUCCAGUUCCUCCUCAUCCCUGGAUUUGGUGUUGUCAUUUCUGUACUCGGUGCUGCCUCCAGCUGUGAACCCCCUCAUCUACAGCAUGAGGAACCAGGAUCUCAGGGUCAUACUGAAGAAGCUGAUUUGGCCAGUUCCCCCUCUGCAGAAAUAA